GCCAGUCAUUGAUUUCCAACUGAGGGCAGGAAGGGAGCCUUAGCACAGUUUUUGAAAGGUAGCUUGUGUUGGAAUAGACUUAAGGAUGAAGGUUGAUAUUCAUAAUCAUAUUUUACCAAAGGAAUGGCCCGACUUGAAGCAGAGAUACGGUUAUGAUGGGUUUGUUCAGCUGCACCAUCACUGCAAGGGCGAAGCAAACAUGAUGAAAGAUGGAAAGUUGUUCCGGGUGAUUCAGGAAAACUGUUGGGAUGCGAAUGCUCGCAUCAAAGACAUGGACAAGUACGGCGUUACUGUUCAGGCCCUGUCGACGGUUCCUGUGAUGUUCAGUUAUUGGGCCAAACCUCAUGACACAUUGGACCUCUGUGUCCUUUUAAACGACGAUUUGGCCCAGACGGUGCGUAGUCACCCUAAGAGGUUUGUGGGGCUGGGCACGCUGCCUAUGCAAGCCCCUGACCUGGCGGUGCUGGAAAUGAGGCGCUGCGUGAAGGAGCUCGGCUUCCCCGGAGUGCAAAUCGGAUCCCACAUUAACAACUGGGACCUUAACUCUUCGGACCUCAUUCCCUUCUAUGCUGCAGCAGAGGAGCUGGGCUGCUCCAUUUUUGUCCACCCAUGGGACAUGCAGACAGAUGGGAGGAUGGCUAAGUAUUGGCUACCCUGGCUGGUGGGCAUGCCAACCGAGACAACCAUGGCUAUUUGCUCAAUGAUAUUUGGAGGUAUCUUUGAGAAGUUUCCAAAACUGAAAGUCUGCUUUGCACAUGGAGGGGGCUCUUUUCCAUUCACUGUUGGCCGAAUCGAACACGGCCACAAAGUUCGUCCUGACCUGUGUGCAGUUGACAACACAAUCAGUCCACGUAAAUACCUGGGCUCUUUCUACACUGACUCAUUGGUUCAUGAUCCAAUCUCCCUGAAGCUGCUUGUUGAUGUUAUUGGAAAAGAUAAAGUAAUGCUGGGAACAGAUUAUCCAUUCCCACUUGGCGAGCUGGAACCUGGGUCACUCAUUGAGUCAAUGAAUGAGUUUGAUGGAAAACUGAAGGACAACUUGCUUGCUGGAAAUGCACUGGAAUUUUUAGGACUAAAACGAGAACAGUUUGUGUAGUAAAAGAGUUUGCAGCCUGUGGUUCCAGAGCCAACUGACAAGAUUGACUAAAAAUGCUGAAUCAACUAAUGUUUUUAAAUAUAGAAAUAAUAAUGUGCAAGUUUUAGCAGUUUUCAAAAGUUUUUGAAAAGUUUAACUUUAAAAAAAAAAAAGUCUUAAAACUUUUUUGUCAUAACCAGUGUGGUCCUGCAAAAUUAAACUUAUUUGGGUAAGACUUC